AUGAAGCAAGACUAAAGUGCAGCUUGUUUAUUUUGUUAGAAAUAUAAACAAGAUGGUUCAUUCUCUCUUGUUCUCACAAAAGCUUUAUAUUGUAAAUAUGCACAAUCAUAAAAUUUUUACUUCUAAAGAGACAUUAAUGAUAUUUUAGAAAAUAAAAGAACUAAAUCAAGAAUGAGACAUUAUGAUAUCAAUUUAUAUGAUUUAGAAAAUGAAUACUUAAGAAGGUAUUUGAUAUUUUGUUAAUAAAAGAUUUUAUAAGUCUUCAGAAUCGGAUACUCGAAUUUAAUCUCUUCUUGAAUACUACAAAUAUCAUAUAAAUAUUCCAAGAAAUUUUCAUUCGAACUUAAUUAAUUGUAGAAUGGAAAAGGUUAGAAAUAUAUAAUAUCGUAAAAUAAAAAAAGAAUUAGGAGUGCAUAAUGAUGUUCAACCUAGUCCAGUGAAAUAAAAGGAUUCAUCAGAUGAUUGUUCUGUUGAUAAUAUGAAAUAUCUUUUAAAAGACUUAAAAUUAGUAACAACUUAAGCUGAUUAUUCUAAAAUCACAAAUUCAACAUUACUUAAAGAUCUCAUAACUUAGAUAGGAAAUUGUAAUGAAAUAUUAGACCCUAUUGAUUUUUUAGAACCAAAAAUUUAGAUAAGAAUAAAUCACUUUCCAACAAAGAGUUAAACUCCAUCUAAUACAAUUAAAUUGAAUAUAGAAAAAUAAAUCAAAGCAAAUUAAAAUUUAAAAGCUCCUUUUACCUCUCGCUAUCCUAAACUUACUACAAAUAACAAACCUCCUACUGUUAAAAUAGUAAUUUCUUAGCAUUAACAAAAUGCUCAAAAAGCAAUUCAAUAAUAACAACCCAUAAAUAAAGGAUCAAUGACUACAAGAGUAAAAUCUAGAUAAGUUUCUAUGGGUAAUAUUGAUUUAGCAAAAUCAGGUUUACUUACAUCUAGAAGUAAUCAAAAUAAUUAACUAUAAUAAUAAAAUGAUGUUGUUAAUGAUGGAAUUGUAGAAUUUGCAAUUAAACUCUUUUCUAAUUAAAGUACAAAAGUAACAAGAAAAACUCCUUUUUCUUAAAAUAACAAUUUCUUUGUAAAAGGAAACAAUAAUCCUCAUUUGAAUUAAAUCUCAAAUAAAAAUAAGGAUGAGUUAAAAUUAUAGUUUAGAAGUUUAAGAUCAAAAAUAAUCUCACCAUCUAGAUAAAGUAAAUCAAAUGUAGCCAGUCCUCAACAUAGAAAAAAAUAACAGUAGUGA